UUGACCAGUUUACAACAACACAACAUGUUUCGCUUAGAUUGUUUUACUUUUGUUUUUAUUGUUACUGCAUUUGUGAAGUGUUCAAAUUAUGAAAGACUUAAAUACCGGGUUAAUUAUCUGGAAGAAAAACUGUUUCAUGAUUCAAGAGAAUUUCGAGGAGACAUAGCGUUAUUGAACUUGAAAUUUAACACAUCUUAUGCUGACCUGAAGGAAAGUCUUCCACAAUUUGAAGAGAGAAAAUGUCAGGACAACACGGGAAAGAAUUGUCAUGAUGAGGUUUAUGAGAGCUUGGUUGUUAUGAAGCGCACACUUUCUGAAGAAAAAUCUAUUGCACGGAGAUCAAUUUCUGAAUUAGAAACCAAAGUUAUAAAUAACUUAAGCCAAAUAAUCGUUAUGUUCAAUGAUAUCAAAAAUGAGAUAAAUGAAAUCAAAUUAAGCCAAAAAGCUAACGAAACUUGGCUAGAACAAAAGAAUGUGGAAAAUACUGAAGAAACUUGCAACCUCAAAAUUGAUAAAAUUACAGAGGAGACAAUGCGAAUGUCUGAGAUUCUUUCAAGACACGUUGAAGCACAAAGGAUUCUAUCGCAAAGCUUAUGGCAUAUUUUCGGAAACUCGUUUUAUUUCAUCGGCAAGGAAUCAGUAAAUUGGUCGCAAGCAAUUGACACUUGUAAAGCUUUAGACGCCUACAUGGUCCAAAUUGAAGACAGCAAUGAAAGUAAAUUUAUCACUGACCUAGUCAAACCAACGUUCGCAGAAAGUAAAGGCUUCGGAGUAUGGAUAGGAGGGAGUGACAUGCAGAACGAAGGAGCUUGGAUCUGGGAACACAGCAAAGCAAGAAUUGUUUUUAGUAAUUGGGGUCGCAACGAGCCAAAUGGAAACAAGCGCGAAAAUUGUUUACAUUUAUACAAAAAUGUAGGUUGGAGUUGGAAUGACGCAAGAUGUGAACUUAAAAUGGGAUUCGUAUGUGAGAAAUAAAUCUAAAUGUGUUUUCAACCUUAUUAUAACUUAUUAGAUAUUAUGAAAUAGAGUCGGACUAGUAUUACUGUAUAUAAACAUGAGAUUUAUAAUUGUAUAAAUUGUACAUAGUUUAAAAUGAUUUAUAAGCCAUACGUGACCGGGUGUUAUACUUUGUUAUAUGUAUGUUUCUUAUAUUGUGCAUUACACAUUGUCACAGUGUCACUCUAAUAAGAUUUACUUACUUUCUUAUAAGGAUCGGGCUGAUCUUAUGCCAGGAAUCAACUAAGUUAAACUUAGUUUUUGUUAUGUCUCUGAUACAACAUGUUUGUAUUUGAUAUGAUAUGAUAUAAAAUGUCAUUAUUUUGCAAACAUAUAAUAAUAUACAUACAUGUACGUUGUUUUUUAUUAUACAUUCUUCACUCUUACAUGAUUUAAAUAACAUAAUCAAUCGCAAGAACAAUAUGUUUGUGUAUGUUAUAAAAAAAAAUGAUGUAUUUUUUUUUUCAUUAAAUAUCAUUUUGUUUAACUUGUUGUUUAACAUAAUGAUAGUGUAAAAAUGACUUGAAGUUAAUUCAGUUGAGUUUUCAUGAAUAAAAUAU